AUGGCGCUGGCCGCGGCCGCGGCCGCAGCGGCCGCCGGGGUGAGCCAGGCGGCGGUGCUGGGCUUCCUGCAGGAGAACGGCGGGAAGGUGCGCAACUCGGAGCUGCUGAGCCGCUUCAAACCGCUGCUGGAGGCCGGCGACCCACGCGGCCGCGCCGCCCGCAGGGACCGCUUCAAGCAGUUUGUCAACGACGUGGCCGUGGUGAAGGAGCUUGACGGCGUCAAAUUCGUGGUACUGAGGAAGAAGUCGCGGUCCCGCGACGGACCCGAGCCCCCGCCCUGCUGCUUCCAGAGCGCCCGGGAGGCACCAGCCCCGCCGUCGAAGGUCACUUCUGUAUCACAGGAGGAAACCGCGGCCUCGGGGGCUCUGUCCUCGUCCUGGGCACCGAGGGCGGCGGAACCGGCUGAGGACCCGGCCCCGCCAUCAGAGCCGCAGGACACCACCGGGACUCCGGCCUCAGAGCCCACUCAGGGGCUGUUGUUAGACUCGGCCUGGCAGUUAGGGGUGCCCUCGGACCCCCAGAUUCCAGCUUUUGAGCUGGCCCAGCCCGCUGAGGGUCUCUCUGAAGAUAUGGCCCCACCGUCCACGGCGCCGUCAGAGGCACCCUCGCCCCGCAUAGAACCGCCACACCCAGAAGCUGCGCCUCGGGGGCCACCACCACCCGCUCCGCGCCCGCAGCCUCAGAAGCCCUGCAUGCUGCCUGUGCGCUGCGUCCCCGGCCCCUCGGCGCUGCGGAUCCGGGUUGAGGAGCAGGGCCUGCGCAGGCAGCUGUCGGAGGAGCCCAGCCCGCGGAGCUCCCCGAUGCUGCUGCGGCGGCUCUCGGUUGAGGAGGCCGGCCUGGGCCUCGGUCUGGGCUCUGGCCGCUCCCCUCACCUGAGGCGCCUGUCGCGCGCCGGCCCGCGCCUGCUGAGCCCCGACACCGAGGAGGCUCCGGCUGCCCCGCCGCCGUCCGCCGUGCCCCUGGAGCCGGCCGAACACGAGUGGCUAGUGCGGGUGGCUGGGGGCCGCUGGACCCACCAGCUGCACGGGCUGCUGCUGCGCGACGUCGGCCUGGCAGCCAAACGCGACUUCAUGUCUGGUUUCACGGCCCUGCACUGGGCCGCUAAGAGCGGCGACCUCGAGAUGGUGCAGCAGCUGGUGGAGGUCGCGCGGCGUGGGGGCGCACGGGUCGACGUCAACGCGCGCUCGCACGGCGGCUACACGCCGCUGCACUUGGCGGCGCUGCACGGCCACGAGGAUGCGGCCGUGCUCUUGGUAGUCCGCCUGGGUGCGCAGGUGCACGUGCGCGACCACAGCGGACGGCGCGCUUACCAGUACCUGCAGUCCGGCGCCUCGUAUGCUCUGCGUCGCCUACUUGGCGACCCUGGACUGCGAGGUUCGACCGAAACUGACGGGGCUGCUGGUAGUAGUGGCAGUUUUGCGGCCCGGCGCCCCGUGCAGGUGGCGGCCACCAUCCUCAGUUCCACCACUAGCGCGUUUCUGGGCGUCCUGGCUGAUGACCUGAUGCUCCAGGAUCUGGCUCGAGGCAUGAGGAAGUCAAGCUCCUUAAGCAAAUUCUUGGGAGCCUCGCCCAUGGCUCCUCGUAAAAAGACAAAGAUCCGCGGCAGUCUGCCAGCCUUUUCAGAAAUCUCUCGUCGACCCACUCCGGGGCCCUUGGCUGGUCUAGUGCCCAGCCUACCCCCAGCAACCUGACGGUUCCCAAGGUUACGACUUAGUCUCUCUAAUCGGCCCUCCCUCUCACAGUCAAAGCCUGCCCAAGACCAUGGCCAACACUUUUGGCUCCAUCGUGUCUCCAGCUUUGUCCACUGCAGCCUGUUUUACCCAAGCGGGCCUUUGCCGCCAACUUCUUAAUCUUUCUUCAGAGAUGGGGUUCAAGAUCUCCGUGAGAGCCUCCUAUGAAGAACUCUGGAAAUCAGGCUUGAACCUUGGAGGAGAUUUGCAAUUUAGGAUCAAAGGUUCGGGGGCAGCAGCUGGUCUGGCCCCUGAAUGAUUUAACCCAAUGCCUCUGCAUCUAUAUACUUCCAAAGCAGAAUUACAGCUUUGUGUGAUGAUAGAUUAUUUGUCAGCUUUUAAGCUAUGCAGUGCAUUUGUAAUUUGAUGCUUUUAUCCUGUUUUUAAGUUGAAAUGAGGUAAAACAACUUUCAUAAAAUAACCUCUUGAAAUUAUAUUUUUCCAAAAUGCUCAGACAUUUUCAAUCUUUUGCUAAAUAUUUUGGAAUUCUAUUUAAAAAAAAAACGAUUAAGAUCUAAAGGAAUUAAGUCCCAACCAACAAAACCCUUGAAUGGUUAUCUACCUCAUUUUAAGCAAUCAAGAUGUCAGACAGUCUUGAACACAGAAAGUGACCAUUGUGAAUGUAAUUAAUUAAAGUUAUACUGUGAAUGCUAAAUGUUAGAAAAUAAGUGCAUCUUGGGAGUAAAAGUGAUUUAACAAUGAGAGAAAAGAGACAUUUUUGGCAAAUACUUUUAAUUUGUGGUUGUCUUCCCCCCCCCNCCGCCCCCUUUGAGACC